ACAAAACUCACAAACGUCUUGAAACGUCAUGUCUUUUCAACAGGACUUUAAUAAUAUUUUGAAUUUAACAAUUUCAGGAUACAAAAACGGUUAAACCUUGUAAAUAAAGAAACAGUUGUAAUAACCCAAAUCAAAACAUGCCAAUUAACGUGUCUAUUAGAAUAUAAUUUUGAAGGAUGAAGCAACCGAUUUUAUGUGAAGAAGCCGGUGUAUCAUAUGUUAACUCUUAGGUUAUGUAAGGUUGUUUAUCAAGCACCAUGGUGCUGGAUAGGUUUAUAAGGAACGUCAUAAUGCUUCGCGGCCCAUUCCGAUUCAGCCUACGAUGUCGGAAGUUUCCAACGGCGUGGAAUUCAACGAAGAAGUCUUCACUGAAAUGGACGCUUGUUACGAAACUUUCGACAAAGACGGGGACGGAAAGCUGAAUCUGGAUGAGUUCCGGCUGAUCUGCAAGGCGUUGUUCCGCAACGACAAGGGCCACAUCUACCCGCUCUCCGAAGACAGAGCCAGACAUAUUUUCAACGUUUUCGAUACAAACGGGGACGGGUUCAUUGAUAAGGAAGAGUUCACUUUCUGCUGGAACCAUUGGAUCAAGGUGAUCGUGCGUCCGGUGAGCGCGUUCCUGAUCGUGGACGUUCAGAACGACUUCAUCUCCGGCACCCUCAACAUCAGCAAGUGCAACGCCCAGCAAGACGGCAGCGAGGUGGUCGAACCCAUAAACCAUCUCCUGGAUACGGUGCCGUUCGACUGUGUCUUCUACUCCCUGGACUGGCAUCCCCCGGAUCACGUGUCUUUCAUCGACAACGUCCAUAUGAGAGAACUGCAUCCAUCCAGCCCGGUGUCGGCGGACAGGGCGGCCGCCUACGACACGGUGAUCUUCGCCGGCCCCCCGCCCAUGAGGCAGCGCCUUUGGCCGCGCCACUGCGUGCAGGACACGUGGGGCGCCGAGCUGCACAACGACCUCAAGAUAGUCGAGGGCGCCACGAAAGUGUACAAGGGCACCAACCCGGAGGUGGACUCGUACUCCGUGUUCUGGGACAACAAGAAGCUGACCGACACCAGCCUCAGCACGCAGCUGCGACUGCGCGGCGCCACCGACAUCUACAUCUGCGGGCUGGCGUACGACGUGUGCGUCGGUGCAACGAUAGCUGACGCGCUGGCCAUCGGCUACCGCGCCGUGCUGGUGGAGGACGCCAGCCGGGGGGUCGACCUCGCUGACAUCGAGAAGACGAAAGCAACCAUCGUCAACAACAACGGAGUCAUCGUGCGCUCUGACGAGGUGUUACCGAUGGUGGAAGGGAGGGACCGGCGGCCCGAACUGGGCUACAAGCUCGCCAUGGAACUGAAGAGGGCUAUGGAGGAAAAAUAAACUCAAAGAAAUACAUUAUCGACGCUUGUAAAGCCUUAGCUAAAGCACUGUUUGAUGUUCAAUAACACUGUCAAUGUCUUGUAGAACGUAACGUCACCUGUCAGAAUGACAAGUGCUUUUUAACUGUCAACGUUUUUUGUUGACAGUUUUGUCUACUUUAAUUAGUGCUUUUGACACAGUAGUUUUUAUUCUUUAAAUGAGCACCAGUACCCUAAAUUGAAGAUUUAUGGAAGCUAUAAAUUAGAUUUAUAAAUUUUAGAGCUUGGCGUGCUACUGUUUUUUCUGACGUUAAGUUCUCUAUUUUACCUUUAAAUGUUAUUUAUUUAUUUGUAUAUUUAGUAGAUUUUAUUUUAAUUGACUGUGUUCCCAGUGUUAACAAAGUAUGUAGAAUCUCAGAUUCAAAAAUGACAAUUAAUUCUAGAUCGGACAAUUUAUGAAAUGUACAUUUGAUAUAAUAUAAUAAUAUUGUGGUAUCUUCAAGUUGUAUAGUUGAGAUUGUUCGAUGUUGCUGCUGUUGAUUGCUGCGUGCCAUCCCUGCAACGUUUUUAUAGUCGAUAGGACAUCCCUAGACUCGUCGAGAACAUUCCUCACAAGUCGAGUACAUUCGAAGUGUGUUUCCGUUAUCUGACAAUAGAUGGCGUUGUACUCCUCGAGCGUUCUAGAUUCUACUAGAUCGUUCGGCUAUUCGGCGAUAGAUGGCGUUACUCUUACCGGCGUAACAGUAUAAUAAUAUAGCAACGACGCUUGAGAGUUAUGUUGUUUGUUUGUUGAAAACAUUCCGUCCCAUUUCCCGACACAAAGAGAAAGUGUCGUGAUCUACAAUCGGUAGUAUCAUCUAGACGAGCCGCCGCGAAGGGCCUGGUGGCCACAGGGGAGGCCGGCCCUCCGCCACGUCGAGCGAGGAGGCCCGUCGACCGCACCUCGUGUGUAUCGCGCUACUAAUGGUGGCUGUCGGGGUAAAACAAAAAAAAUGACAAUUGACAAAUAUUUUUGUAUUUAAGGUGAAUACAACAGUACACGGCUUACACGGACUUGCUCGGUUGAUGUUCCACGCGGAGUUCUGCCGUCACACAUAUUGUAUAGUCGGGGUUGUCAAGUUUUUGUUUCUUUGAUCUAUGUUAUUUAAUAUGAAGCACCAUUUUAAGGACUUUUUGGCGGGAACGCGAGGAGUGAAAUUGUGUGAUUUGUCUUAUUUUGUCUAUUUAGUGUUUCUCCAAGUUUAAAUGUGUAAUAACGGUGGUUUAUUAACUGUUUAAUAUCUGUGAUAGUGCACAAAUGUGGGAAAAUGAAACAAAGCCUUCAACAAAAACUUUUCGGGAUUCUCGAAAAAAGUUCACUGAGAAAAUCUCAGUAAAUGACCACCAUUUUACUGAGAUUAUAUUUCAUCCCAUCUCAUCUCAUUUCAUUUCAUUUCAUCCCAGUUGAUUAAUGUCUCAAAUUAAUCAUCUUGAUUUCAUUUUAUAUUAACAUUUUUCAUAACAAUAAGAAUAUAAAUUAAAAUAAGACAUGACCUGAAUAAGACAUGGUCUUAGUUACCAGGUCAUAAAAUCCCUUAAAAAAAAGCACCAUUUUAAACACUAUAACGACUGGCUUGUUCUCUAAAGUAGUUUAUAAUAUGUUUUUAUGAAUCUUCUAUAUUAUUAAGUUUUAAGUAAUGGAAAUCUCUUUUUUGUUAUCCGACAUUGAACUUAGUUUGUUAUGAGCAGAGAUUUGAAUAGACUUCGCAAUUAAGUUUUUUUUAAAAUUGAUUAUUAAUUUAUAUUUAAAUUAUUUUAGUUCGCCACACACAUAACUCAUUUAUAAGGUAUUUAUAAUUCUGAUAAACCUUGCCGUAUUUAUUGUUUCAAAGAUGCACAAGUAUUUUUUUGUCUGAUUUUGACAUUCCUGUAAUUUUAAUUUAUUAUACGCUUAUGUGAUAUAUGACGUAUAUAUCCUGGCACAUUAAGUGUUGCUAUGGUGACUUUUAAUCUAUAGCAGAGAUACCGUUACAAAAGUCAUAAAAAAUGUAGCACAGGGUGUGGUUUUUUUUCAAAAACCUAAAGUGAGUUAUUGCUUUCCAGUACAUAUUUAUGUAGGACGGUGGUAAUGGCGGGCGAGUGUAGCCUGCCCUGUUACGUCACGGUGAGUGGUAGUACACCCUGUAUACAUAACAACCUGGUGUGAUGUGUCGAGUUCUGUGUUCGUUACUACAGUAGAUUGUGAGGAAUAGGGACUAGAGGAAGAAUAGGGACAAAUUUAGGAUGUCACAAUACUUUUGGUCGGGUUGUUGGAGAUUUAACUUUGUUCAACUGAAAAUGGCUUUUAUUUAGUGUUUAAAAAUAUUUAAUAGUUUUAUUUAGUCAUCAAAGUUUUGUAACUCAUUAAUUAAAAAGUUGGGUACCUACCUAACAACUAAAUAGUGCCAGCCCUAUCGAAAAACUAUUGUCUCCAUACGUUACCCGAUUCACCCCCAACGCCUAGGUGAAUAGGGACAAGUGAGUUUUUGUAACUUUAUAUUAUUUUUCUUUAAUAAACUAUAUUUUAAUGCAUUAUAAAUGAUACCACCGGAACCAUUAUGAUCUCCAUUGUAUUGCUAUAACUACAAAAAAAGCGAUAAAAGUCAACGUCGAAUUUAAAAAGUGUUCCGAUUUCCCCCCAUUUUACGGUACUUAUUUAGUUUAUUAAAAAUCAAACGGGUGUUAUAUAUAUAAUUGGAUUGUGAAAUAUCGUAUACGUAGGUACUUUUUUUUUUAUUGCUUAGGUGGAUGGACUAGCUCACAGCCCACCUGGUGUUAAGUGGUUACUGGAAACCAUAGACAUCUACAACGUAAAUGCGCCACCCACCUCGAGAUAUAAGUUCUAAGAUCUCAGUAUAGUUACAACGGCUGUCCCACCCUUCGAACCGAAACGCAUUACUGCUUCACGGCGGAAAUAGGCAGGGUGGUGGUACCUACCCGUGCGGACUCCCAAGAGGUCCUACCACCACACGUACUUAAUUGAUUUUAUUGUGAUAUUCUACUUAAUAUGAUUUGUAUUUUUUUUUAUUGAAAAGCCUGCAAAUUCUUGUAAUGAGUACGCCGGCUUUGCAAGAUGUCAUACUGUAGGCACUCUUAUUAAUAUCACGGAAUAUGUUUGCCACUCCUGAUGAAUUCGAUUUUCUGUUAUAUGUAUAUAAUAAGUUUGUGUUGUUUCGCUGUAGACAUUUAGAAAAUUAAUAAUAUAUUCUUAAAUUAAUGUAAAUUCUUUAUAAAACAUUGUCAGCCGAUCGGUAAUAAAUAUACAGUAGGUAGUAGUGUAGGGACUCGGCGCGGCUGUGGCGGGUCCUUAAUGUAAUGUUUGUUCCUCGUGUGAUGUUCCUCCUGUGCACUUCAAUAUAAUUAUGAAAUAUCAA